AUGGCCUCCACGCCAACACUGCGCCAAUUCAGCGCAUGUCUACGAUGCGUGCGACAAUUGCCAGCCGCCAAUGGCACCCGUCGCCUCCUCUCCACCUCGGUCGUAGCUCGUGAAGAGGUGCAGACACAACCCACGAAUGCGACACCACCACCACCGCCCUCGAACCCACCGGAAGGCGUUGCCCAGAAGGCUGGCUCUCAAGAAACCCCAGAAUACAUGCAGAAAUGGGGUACUCUAGACCCUCAGAUGGUUGAGAACAAGAAGCAGGAACGCCGACUGUUACGGAGAGAACAUGUCCAACCCGUUGGAUCCCGUCGUCGCCGUGCUGUUCUUCGUCGAUCGACCAUGCAGAAGGCCGAUGAGGUUCCUUUCGAACAAUUGCCGUACCAAUGUUUCCAGGAGGCGAGAAAGGUCUUGUUGGAGGACAGGCAGGAAAAGAUCAAGGAAAUCGAGACCCAGCAAUUGCGGAUAAAGAACCUGAUGGCCCAAGAUCCAAGCACCAGUGGAGGCCCAGCAGCCAAGGAGAAUAGACUGCGGAGCAUGAAGCAGCAUCUUCAAGACCUAAUUAUCCUGGCCGACAUCAACGACCCGGUUGUGAAGCGGAAGUUUGAGGACGGACUGGGUAACAUGAACAAGCCCAUCUACCGCCAUCUUGCCGAAAAGAAGUGGCGCCAGUUCAAGCGCCGUGUGCUGGAACAACGUAUCACACAACUUGCUAUCGUUCCCGACCUUCUCCCCUCUCUGGAUUUGGUAGCAGACAUUGACCUCGGUUUCGGACGAAAGCCGGUGGCGCCCGGAGACUUCGUGGAUUCUGCCAUCAGUGAGAAGAUGCCUCGUCUCAACGUUCAGACCUUCACCCCUGGUGAGAAGCUGGUUACUGUGGUAGUAGUAGACGCAGAUGUGCCAGUCACAGAAAAGGACGGCUUCACUUACCGAUGCCACCUCAUCGCCUCCAACAUAUCAAUCUCGCCAAGCAACACUUCGAUACCUCUUCAGCGCAUCGCUCAAGAAGAUCAGAAAACUGAAGAUCUCAGUGCCAAGAAGAUUGCGCUACCCUGGGUUGCUCCCUGGGCUCACAAGGGUGCGCCAUACCAUCGCUUAGGCAUUUUUGUCUUUGAGCAAAACGAAGGCAAGGCGCUCGAUGUCACCAAGUUCAACAAGACUCAGCGUAUGGGGUUCAAUCUCCGCAGCUUUGCUGAUUCGAACAAGUUGAGCGCAAUCACAGCUACGCUGUUCAGGACAAAGUGGGACGAUAGCAUGGCUGGUGUCAUGGAGCGCGCAGGUCUGAAGGACCAGAUCGCUGUAGAGUUCAAGAGGAAGAGGGUCGAGCCGCUGCCUUACAAGAGGCGAACGGAGCGCAUGCGCUGA